AUGUCCAGCAAGGUUGAUUUGCUUCGAGCUCGAUUCUCCUCAGAAAAAGUGCUAAGUGUGACCAAUGGAACUCCUAUCAAGGCAUACCUCCUGCCUAGUACUGACGCCCAUCAGAGUGAAUAUCUAGCAGAUCACGAUUUUCGUGUGAAAUUCCUCACUGGUUUCACUGGAUCAAAUGCUUACGUGGCUGUGACCAACGACAAAGCGGUACUGUGGACGGAUGGACGAUAUUUCCUCCAGGCUACGGAGCAGCUGAUUCCGCCCUGCUCUCUAUUGAAACAGGGCCUUUCCGACUCUAUCUCGGUUGAGGACUUUGUAUCUGAAAAUUUGAAUGAUGGCGAUUGGAUAGGAAUCGAUCCUGCCCUUCACACCUAUGAAAGCGGACAAAAGCUCAUCAAGACUUUGGAAUGCCAAGGAAUUAAAGUGGCACCAAUCAGAGGAAAUCUUGUGGACGAAUUUUGGGAUAAUCGACCUCCACUUCAAUCCAAGAGUCCUAUAGUGCUGACGCCGGAAGAACACGGGCGCUGCGUCAACGAUAAACUGAAAGAUUUGCAAAAACGGAUUGGGCAGAGAAAAUGCGAUUCUGUUGUCCUUUCUGCUCUGGAUGAUAUAAUGAGCUUACUCAAAUUAGGCAUCGGAAAUCAGGUACAUAUCCAUUGGCUUUAUUUGCUUAUUUGUUUUAAACUCCUUCUGAAGUACACUUGUUCAUGGAUAAAGCUGAUGAUGUGGCGUGACACUUCAUCCGUAUGCGGAUGCGUACGAUUUUAUGACAAAAUGGUUUUUGUCCCGACAACUACUAACUACCUUUUUGGUGAAAUUUUCGCAUCGUCGGCAGUCGUCGAAGGCAGCCCUGUGCAGGUCAUGAAAGGAGUGAAAAAUCCUGUCGAGCUGGAAGGCAUGCGUAAUAGCCACAUUAGAGAUAGCGCAGCUCUGAUAAGCUUUCUUAUGUGGUUGGAAGCCGAGUUACUCGAAGGACGAUCCUACAGCGAGAUUGAUUUCUCGACUAUUUCUGCUGCUGGAGACCACGCUGCAAAACCGCACUAUCAUCCUGAUGGUGAAGAAGGCAAACGUCUGGCAACUGCAGACCAGGUCUACUUGCUCGACUCCGGUGCACAUUAUAGGGACGGUACAACUGAUGUCACUCGGACUGUUUGGAUCUCAUCUGAGGCACCGGUACCUGAAGAAUUCAUACGACAUAAUACGCUUGUAUUGAAAGGACAUAUUAACUUGGCGAACACCGUGUUCCCGCAAGCAAUCCCAGGUAUUCGAUUAGGACACAUUGUCAAGGCAUGCAAUGUGGCAGCUUCCAUUGGCCACCGGGCGGCAGCUUACGGCUGCGACUCGUGGAUUCGAGAAGGCAUGGUUUUGACGAUAGAGCCUGGCUAUUACCUCGAGGGGAAAUGGGGUGUACGAAUAGAAAAUUGCUACGAGAUAGUAAAAGCCGAUGUUCCAUCUGGAGCGGAUUUUCUUGGUUUCCGUGCUUUGACGCUGGCGCCGAUACAAACGAGUAUCAUUGAUAAGUCAAUGCUCACAGAAGUCGAGGUUGACUGGCUGAAUUCUUAUCAUGAUCGAGUGCUCAGUACAGUAGGCGAGUUUUUGGAAAGCUCUGGUAAAACCGCUGAGCUGCAGUGGUUACAAAAGCAGUGCGCUCAUAUUUGA